CCUGUGUGUGCAUUUUAAUCAGUUAGCUAGCGCCAAGUUGGCCCAAGUUUUAGUUCUUUGUAGCAUACCACCACACAAAGUGAGAGAGAGAGAGAGAGAAUAAAAGGAGAUUGUUAAGCUUCCAAUGCUUCGAAAAUAGUGAAAGAGUACUAAAGCUUCCCAUAGUACUCUACUCGAUCGUCAUAUGUUGUAUGGACAUGGCUGUGGAUGUGUUUCCAUGGACAAAACCAAAACCAAGGAAGACACACCCUCUUUCUCUUGGUGGAACAAGACACCAACAAUGUCGACAAACACACACCUAUUUGUCAACCAAACGAAGCUUCUCAAACAUGCGCUCCCUUGUGAAUUUUCUCCUUGUCGUUUCUACCCUUUGUCUUUCUCCUGUUCAUUCCUCACAAUUGGGUAGCAACCAAACUUUUCUCCCAAAGGAAGAGUUCCGCAAGUUGAACGCCAUAAGAAACCGUCUUCAGAAAAUCAACAAGCCAGCUGUUAAGACAAUUCAGAGUCCUGAUGGAGAUAUUAUAGACUGUGUUGUGUCUCAUAAGCAACCAGCUUUUGAUCAUCCUCAACUGAAAGGACACAAACCAUUGGAUCCUCCAGAAAGACCAAGAGGGCAUAACGAAAUGGGUGAUUGGAGUGAGAAUUUUCAGUUGUGGAGGCUAUCGGGUGAGUCGUGUCCCGAAGGAACGAUUCCGAUUAGAAGAACAAUGGAGCAAGACAUGUUAAGAGCUAGCUCUGUUCGCAGAUUUGGAAGGAAAAAAAUAAUAAACCGUGUCAGAAGGGACACCAGUGGCAAUGGACAUGAGCAUGCAAUUGGGUAUGUGACAGGGGAUCAGUACUACGGAGCAAAGGCUAGCAUAAACGUGUGGGCACCCCUUGUAGAAAACCCAAAUGAAUUCAGCUUGUCUCAAAUGUGGGUCAUUUCUGGUUCAUUUGGGGAUGAUCUCAACACCAUUGAAGCUGGUUGGCAGGUCAGCCCGGAGCUAUAUGGAGACAGCUACCCUAGAUUCUUUACUUAUUGGACGACUGAUGCAUACCAAGCAACUGGGUGUUACAAUUUACUUUGCUCGGGCUUUGUUCAAACUAACAGUAAAAUUGCAAUUGGAGCAGCAAUCUCUCCAACUUCUUCAUAUAGUGGUGGCCAAUUUGAUAUUAGCUUACUCAUUUGGAAGGAUCCAAAGCAUGGGAAUUGGUGGCUUGAAUUUGGAUCGGGGAUCCUAGUUGGGUACUGGCCAUCUUUCUUGUUCUCCCACUUAGGGGAUCAUGCAAGCAUGAUUCAAUUUGGUGGAGAAGUAGUGAAUUUAGGGUCAUCAGGGUCUCACACUUCCACCCAAAUGGGUAGUGGACAUUUUGCGGAAGAGGGUUUUGCAAAAGCUUCAUAUUUUAGGAACAUGCAAGUUGUGGAUUGGGACAACAACUUAAUUCCCUUGUCAAAUCUAAAGGUGCUUGCAGAUCACCCCAAUUGCUAUGACAUACAAGGAGGGUUUAAUAAUGCGUGGGGGAAUUAUUUUUACUAUGGUGGACCUGGAAGAAAUGUAAAGUGUCCCUAAGGGAAUGAAUGAAUGAAUGAAUGAUAUAUAGAAUGAUAGGUCAUCCUUUGAACACACAAUUGCCACCUGGACUCUCUUGUAUAUAUAUCUUGAAAGAGAAAUAGUGAAUAUACUGCCUUCAUUGGCAUCCCUUCCCCCUUCCAAAAUUCCAGCAGUUUUCCUUCUACAUACUUCUCUCCUCUUCAUUUUUCUGCAUGUACUUCAAUUACAUAUAAUGAUAACUUGCAAAUGAGUUCAUAUAAUCUUAUAAUAAUAUCUGGCCGAAUAUAAUUUUAUAA